AUAUUGACAAAGCGAAAUACACUCGGCUUUGAUGAUUUUAAAGAGGCAACAAAUCGAAGACAAAGAAGAGUUUACUGAAGUAACAGUGCGAGAACAGAUUUAUAAGAUUAUCUAAAGGUAGAAGCUAUGGCGGGGCAUAACGAGUCUGAGAAAAAGUCAAGCGAUGCUGUGAAUGAUUUGCAAACAUUCAGAGCGGAAAAUUUGCAAAGUAACAUGAAAGUUAUAUAUUACAGCCGAACAUUUUUGUCUAUCAUUGGUGGGGUAAUUGCUGGAAUCUUGGGAUUCACUGGCUUGACUGGAUUCGUCUUUUAUUUCCUUGUGAUGGCUAUCACUUCAGUUGCUCUCAUAGCCAAGGCAAAGUUUUCCAUCCAUACAUACUUUGACUCCUGGAACCGAGUUGUAUUUGAUGGCUUUUUGGGUGGGCUUUUGUCGUUCGUGUUGUUCUGGACAUUUGCUUAUGACAUCGUACAUAUAUUCUGAUGAAGAGACAAGGUAGCUGCUCUGUCUUGAACGGAAAGGAAGCUCCACUGCUGCUGCUGCUGCGCAUUUACAACACCUUUGAGUUCGAAUAUGGCUUUAAUGCGUUGUAUCCAUUACAAACAAUCACAAAGAUUAUUUGUCUGGUGUUGUCUUUGUUUAAAUUGUGUUUUGGUUAAACAAAGCCUUUAGUUCAGGCUUGACUACACUUGGGAGACCUUUGCUCAUUCAAUUUUGUAUGAAUGCUGCUCUAUCUUUGCUGGUUGAAUCCCAUGACAACAAUCUUCUAUCUUAGUAUGCA